GAACUUGUCCUGUGUCAUUCAACAAAAUGUAUUUUUAAUUACCGUAAUAUAAAAAAAAACCAAGCAAGCAAACUAUUAACAAUAUAACUGAGUAGAUAUUUAGGUUGAAAACAAUAUUUCACGUCCACUUAAAAGUCUGUUUUUAAUUUUCCGUCAAUACUGUGUCCAGGAUUUAGGCUUAAUAUUUCUCCUUAAACGGCUAGUUUGCUCACAGCGCCAUGCGCUCGGUUUCGUUUAACAAGAUUUGCAGGAAUAGAAAGUGAAACAGAAGAGAGAUCCCCGGCUCUGUGCUUAUAACUGUUCGCGAGCAGAUUUCAGAUAUUAUAGGAGAAACCUUCAAACAUCCUGCAGAGCCGAGCAUCAGACAAAACAUGUUUGAGGAGGAACUAAAGAAACUGGAGUGCCACUUCACUUGGGAUUUACAGAAAGAGGAUGCUGAUCUUAAUUACCUGGAGAUCAAAUUCACUGAGAGUCUUUCAAACCAAACUGAUCAUGGAGGGAAUUUCAGACAGAGGAAGUUAAAUUUUUGUGCUUACAUUUAUCACUUGCAGGGCUUCAAUGACAAGGCGCAGGAGUGUUUAGAAAAAGCAAAGGAAGUGCAAAAUGAUCGUUCCUCCAAUAUAGUCACAUAUGGAAAUUUAGCCUGGUUACACCAUUACAUGGCUGAUGAUAGCAUGGUCGAAGUAUAUUUGGAGAAAUUGUCACAAAUCUCUAGAGCAUUUCCUGCUCCAGCAGAAGAGCUGCUUCGUGAAGUCCUGAGUGAAAAAGCAUGGUCUUUUAUCAGUUUUUCCAAAAAUCAUUAUAUCAAGGCAAAAGAGAUCUUUCAGGAGGCUCUACAGAAAGAACCAGAAGACAAGGAGUGGAACACUGGCUAUGCCUUCGCUCUGUUUCACCUGGAGGGCUUGGAGAUUAGGGAGGACAGGCGCAUACCUUUUGAAGAGUCACCAGCCGUGAGACAGCUAAAGAGAGCCUUAAAACUUGAUCCAGACAAUGUCAUGAUCCAUGUCUUCAUGGGCCUCAAGUGCUACAAGAAUAAGAGGAACGCAGAGGCAUGGGAGCACAUGAAGCACGCACUACACAUGGCUCCAUAUGACCUAAGUGUUGUCCUGAGUGUUGCUAAAUUCAUGAAGAAGGAGCAGUGCUAUGACAUGGCAAUUGGGGUGCUGAAGAAAAUGCUGGAGAAAGCGCCUGACUCUUCACGGUUGCAUCAUGAAAUCGCCAAUAAUUACCGCUGGAAAGCCAUGCAGAUUGGAGACAUGCACAACCCGAUGCUGCUAAGCUAUUGUAUACACCAUUUAGAAGAGGGAGCUCGCCUAAAUCCACAUUUUGUCUACCCACAGAUUGAGUUAGCGCUCAGGUAUGCUGAAGUUGGUAACUACGCUAAAGCAAAACAAAAGUUCCAAGAGUUGUUUGCACGCCCGAACCUGCAGCCGGCAGAUCUCCAGGCUUGGCAUCGCAUCUAUGGAGACUUCAAUAUGUAUCGUCUGGGCUCAGAGGCAACAGCAGUUAAGCAUUACAAAGAGGGCAUGGCAAUGCAAAAAGUAUCCACUGAAUGGAAGAUCUGCAAAAACAGACUCUACAAAGUCCUUCACAAUACUAGAAACGACGUGUACCAGAUUCGAGAGUUCAUGAAUUCUUUAAGAGAAAAUCCUGAGCGUAAUGAGAACUAGAUUUUCUUCUCCAAAA